UUCUGACUGAACUCUGCUAUUGAAAUUUAAAUCUUUUGCUUUCCUAAAGUUUAUGCUUGCAAUAAGCCACAAUAUAUAAAACUAUGUCUUGUAAAGAUCAACUGUACUUAUCAUGCAUACAAUGCAAAUAAUUUAAAGCUGAGAUUGGGUUAUAUURUAAACAUUGUGCAUCUGAUGUUUGGUUUGAUAAUUACAUAUAACAGGAAAAAACCUACSAAGUUUUGUUUUCUGUCACUUUUGGAAAAUAGGCAUGUCUUAAACAGUUUGUAAGGUGUAAAUUUAUGUUGCCUGUGAGUAUUGAUCCUAAGAGAUUACAAGCCAUUUUCKGUAAGUUUAGUUGAACUCAGUGAGUUAGAAGGCAUCUUCUGAGUAUAGGAUCUGCAAAUUUGCUUUUUAGUGGAAGGAGCCAGUAAAAAAAAGCAUUCAACAUACUCUUCUUCACCAAGGUAAAUAGUUUUUUCUGAGUUACAUGGAAGGCUAGUUUAGGUUCAAUUUUUGCUAGGUUAGUUAGGUUAGAUGAGGUUGCAUUUUUGAGGCCAUGUGAACUCUUGUGGGGAUAGUCAUGUGGGAUAGAAGGAGCCAGUUGAUAGGGGAAAAGUUGGUUUGCAUUUCUCUUCUGGGUUCUCUUAGGUGUGUCUAAAGUCGCUAACUUUUUUACCUUUAAUUUAAACUCUAAUGUUGUUUUUGUCUUUACAUAAUUGAAAAACCACCCAGGUAACGAGAAAGACUGUAUAAAGUACCUUGUGACAGAAAGUGCUUGUUGUUGAGCUUGCAUUUUUGAUGCAGUAAUUUUGGGCUUUAAAGCCUGUUUUGCAAUACAAAAGGAAUAGAUCUACUGGCAGAAAUGGGUCGCUCUAAUUCUAGAUCACAUUCUUCAAGAUCAAAGUCCAGAUCUCAGUCUAGCUCUCGGUCAAGAUCCAGAUCACAUUCAAGAAAAAAGAGAUACAGUUCUAGGUCUCGGUCAAGGACAUAUUCACGAUCUCGCAGCAGAGAUCGGGUUUAUUCUAGAGAUUAUCGCAGAGAUUACAGAAAUAAUAGAGGAAUGAGACGUCCCUAUGGUUACAGAGGAAGAGGUAGAGGGUAUUAUCAAGGAGGAGGUGGUAGAUACCAUCGUGGAGGUUAUAGGCCUGUCUGGAACCGAAGACACUCCAGAAGCCCUAGGCGUGGCCGUUCACGUUCCAGAAGUCCAAAACGAAGGUCUGUGUCUUCCCAGAGGUCCCGGAGCAGGUCUCGUCGAUCUUACAGAUCUUCCAGGUCCCCGAGGUCCUCUUCAUCUCGUUCUUCAUCCCCAUACAGCAAAUCACCUGUCUCUUCCAAAAGACGUGCGUCUCUGGAAAAGCAGGCAAAGAAAACUGAAGGGGCUCCUUUGCAAGAUAGUCCCUUGAAAAAUAAAUCACAAGAUGAACAGAAAGAUACAUUCGAACAUGACCCAUCAGAGUCUCUUGACGAUUUUAACAAAUCAUCAGCAGCUUCUGGCGACAUUUGGCCUGGCCUUUCAGCAUAUGAUAACAGUCCAAGGUCACCCCAUAGUCCUUCUAUUGCCACCCCACCUAGUCAGAGUUCAUCUUGCUCUGAUGCCCCUCUGCUUAGCACAGCCCACUCAGCAAAGGACACACCUCAACAUUCCCAUUCCAUUCAGCAUAGCCCUGAGAGAUCUGGCUCCGGUUCUCUUGGAAAUGGCUCUAGCCGCUAUAGUCCUUCUCAGAAUAGCCCAUUGCAUCAUAUCCCUUCGAGGAGAAGCCCUGCAAAGACAAUCCCAUCACAGAGUGCCCCCCGUGAGGAGGCUCGAGUGCGGUCAUUUUAUCCUGAGGGUGGCGAACAGGAAACUGCAAAAGGUGGAAAGUUUAUGAAAAGGUACACAGAUGAAGAGUCUAGAGUAUACCUGCUUGAUAGGGGUAAUACCAGGGAGAAGGAGGCCCAGAAGGAGAGAGGAUCAGAAAAAGGGAGGACAGAGGGAGAAAGGGAAUGGGAGGAACAGGAAACUUUAGAUUUUUUCGUUGAUAAAGAGACUGGGAAAGAAAAGUUUAAUGACUCUGAAGGGGAGGACACAGAGGAGACAGAGGAUUACAGACAGUUCAGAAAGUCUGUCCUGGCAGAUCAGGGUAAAAAUUUUCCUACUGCAUCUCACCGGAAUGCUGAGGAGGAAGGAACCAAAUACAAAUCUAAAGUAUCAAUCAAGGGCAAUAGAGAGAGCGAUGGAUUUAGAGAUGAGAAAAGUUAUAAGCUUAAAGAGACUGGCUAUGUAGUGGAAAGGCCUAGUGCAACAAAAGAUAARCACAAGGAAGAAGACAAGAGUUCUGAGAGACUAAUGAUGAAGAAAGAAACUCAGUCACCUGAGCAGGUAAAGUCUGAAAAGCUCAAAGAACUCUUUGAUUACAGUCCUCCUCUACACAAGAAUCUGGAUGCGAGAGAAAAAUCUACCUUCAGAGAGGAGAGCCCACUUAGGAUCAAAAUGAUAGCCAGUGACUCCCAUCGUCCUGAAGUUAAACUCAAAAUGGCGCCAGUACCUCUUGAUGAUUCCAAUAGACCUGCUUCCUUGACUAAAGACAGGCUGCUUGCUAGCACACUUGUCCAUUCCGUCAAGAAGGAGCAAGAGUUCCGAUCCAUCUUUGACCACAUUAAGUUGCCACAGGCCAGCAAAAGCACAUCAGAGUCAUUUAUUCAGCACAUUGUGUCCUUGGUUCACCAUGUCAAAGAGCAAUACUUCAAGUCAGCUGGAAUGACCCUAAAUGAGAGAUUCACUGCAUAUCAAAAAGCUACUGAAGAACACUGCACCCGKCAAAAGAGCCCAGAAAUACAUAGGAGGAUUGACAUCUCUCCAAGUACCCUGAGGAAGCAUACCCGUUUAGCAGGUGAAGAGAGAGUCUUUAAAGAAGAAAGUCAAAAAGGAGAUAAAAAAUUAAGGUGUGAUUCUGCUGAUCUUCGGCAUGACAUUGACCGACGUAGAAAAGAACGAAGUAAAGAGCGAGGAGACUCAAAGGGUUCCAGGGAAUCCAGUGGGUCAAGAAAGCAGGAGAAAACUCCAAAAGAUUACAAGGAUUACAAAUCUUACAAAGAUGACAGUAAACARAAAAGAGAUCAAGACCGUGCUCGGUCCUCCCCAUCUUCCUCCCCAUCUUCUUCCUCAUCCAGUUCUCGAGAAGAAAAGGAUUGCAAGAAAGAAAGAGAYGAAGAGUUCAAAACCCAUCAUGAACAGAAAGAAUACUCUGGUUUUGCAGGAGUCAACAGGCCAAGAGGCACCUUUUUUCGAAUUAGGGGCAGAGGAAGAGCCAGAGGAGUCUUUGCUGGAACAAAUACUGGUCCCAGCAACUCAAAUACUACUUUUCAGAAGAGACCGAAGGAAGAGGAAUGGGAUCCUGAAUAUACCCCAAAAAGCAAGAAAUACUUCUUGCAUGAUGACAGAGACGAUGGGGUGGAUUAUUGGGCCAAAAGAGGAAGAGGCCGUGGUACUUUCCAGCGUGGCAGAGGGCGUUUUAACUUCAAAAAGUCCGGUAGCAGUCCGAAGUGGACACAUGACAAGUAUCAAGGGGAUGGGAUUGUGGAAGAUGAAGAAGAAACAAUUGAGAAUAAUGAAGAUAAAGACAGACGCAAAGAGGAAAAGGAGUAACCUGGAAGAAAGUUGUAGCUGAAAGAGCAGCUCUUGCACCACCCACACAACAUUUUUAAUAUGUUUUUUUGUUGUCAAAUGAAUGUAAGCAUUUUACUUAAAUUUUACUGUUGGAAAGUAGUUUAGAGAGAUUGUUUUUGUUUUAAGCCUUUAGAAAAAAAUCAUGAUAUAGUAAACUAUGUUAAUGAUCGUACAGUUAGAAAGUAAAAUAUUUGUAACAACUUUUAAGAAAUUUUACUGUUUGUUAUAUGCAGUGUAAUUCUGCUUUGUCCAAAUAUAUGGUCAAGUACAACUCUCAAGUUUUGAUUCUCCCCUAUGUCUGUGUUUUAUUCUGAAGUAAASUUACAGCUCUGCACACCUGAAAUCUUGGAGCAGCAUUUUUUAUAAACUGAUUACUACUUCUGUGUUGCCUUUUUAUAAGAAUUGUAUUUAAGGAUAGUUAUCCAGUCAUAGUGUAAAUACAAAGUUAUGCAAAAUGCUGAUUGUGUGUUAGUUCAUGGGAAUCACACUUAUCAAUAAUAAACCUGGGUUCUUACUCCACCUGGCAAGAGUGCAGCAAGAAUUUCACUUCAGCAGUGAAAUUGUCACUCUUCAUUAGUAGCCUAAGAAAUACAUAUGCAUAUAAAGAAUACAGUGAGUUUCAAGUGCUUUGAUAGCUUAGUCAUCAGCAGAACACUUCAGUUAAAUUGGUGGCAGUAUCAAUCUCGCUGCUUUUUUAGCAAUUCCUUCUACAKGUUGUUAGAACUGCCUCUCUGAUUUCUCUAUGUGGGCUUGCCUUUCUGGGUAUGUAAUGKGGCAAGAGUGAGUGUUUCAAUCACAUGUACAUCAUUUAAGUUAAAUUGAGGGCAGGACAGCAGCAGGUGGGAGGAGAGAUMUGAACCACCAAAAAAUCUCUUAAAAAAUAAAGCAAGGUAUGUUAAAGCCUGAAUUGGUAAAGAUWAUUCAGUAAUACCAGAAGUUUGAGAAAUUAAUCUUACUUUCUUCAACACUGAUUUCUAAUAGAUGUGCUGCAAGAUUUUUGUAGCCAAAGUACAGGUGUUAAUCAACUUUUUUUUUAACAAAAAUAACAAACCCACAAGCUUAGUUUUAGUGGUAGGUACACACUUAGCCUCUACAAUGUUAAGGAUGAUGGUAACAUGCUUGAAUUAUCAGAACAAGGACAUUCUGAUACAAGAAGGAUGAUUACUUUGUUUUUCUUUCUUAAAAUGCUCUAGAUAAACUAAGUAUUAAUGUUAAAAGCURAAAGUUAAAAGUGUAGUUAUUCACCCCUUGGAAUGGCAUAAUACCUUUCAAAAAAAGAAAAAAAAAGGAAAAGCUUUGAUGGAGGUGUUUGUUUUAAAUACUUAUAUAAUGUAUACCCUCUUAUUUGCUUUACUGUUAGGCAGUAGUUAACGAACUGCCCUAUCCAAAUUAAACACUAGAAGGCAGGAAAACAGUACUACCAGUAAUCUUUUCUGUAGCUGAAGAAACUGUAUUUUAGGUUGUACUAGUUUGCCAGCAGCUGUGUAGAAAAGGAAAUAGGAAUAAUGCUUGUCUGCCAGUAGUAGUUAGUAAUUAAAUGGUCAUUCCCUCUUUGUUUUAGAAAGUUUAGGUCAACUAUACUCUUUUUGCAAGAUUUGCUUUUACAUGUACAGUGUAUCUUGUAAUGCCUGUUUGAAACAUAAACCUGAGUAUUCUUUGGGCUUUUCAGUAAAACUCACAAAGGCUUUUUGUAUACUAAAUUAGAAUAAGCAAGGAAAGGAACAAAGGAAAACUUGAYACCAAGGUCAAAGUCUGUCCUAAUAAAGUAAAAUUUAGUCAGUCUGAAACUAACAAGUAAGACCAAGGUAUGCUUGUCAUAAUUGUCAUGACCUUAAAACAGGUCAUUAGUAAUAUUUAGGUCAAGUUGAAAGUGGUUUGUUGUCUGUGUGUCAUAAAGCAAGAUAAUUCCUGCAGGAUAAGGCAGAUGUAAAUUUUGUACUUCAGCUGAAUGUCCAAAGACAUCUGGUAGAGAUUGCUUUGCUUGUGGCAU